AUGGGUAGAAAGAAAAUUCAAAUAUCGAAAAUAACUGACGAACGUAAUCGUCAGGUGACAUUUACGAAACGUAAAUUUGGUCUUAUGAAAAAAGCUUAUGAAUUAAGUGUUCUAUGUGAUUGUGAAAUAGCGCUCAUUAUCUUCAAUUCGUCCAAUAAACUUUUCCAAUAUGCAUCAACGGAUAUGGACAAAAUCUUGCUCAAAUAUACGGAGUAUAACGAACCACAUGAAAGUCGAACAAAUAAUGAAAUUGUACAGAUUCUUCAUAAAAAAGAAUCGAAACAUCUCGAUCAAAAUGAUAGUGAUAAUGAUAUGGAAGAUGAAAGUGCUAAUGAAAUGGAUAGUAAUCAUCAACUUCCAUCUCAUCAUCAUCUUGAUCCUACAAUAAACGAUUCAAGAAAACGUACAAAUCAAUCUCAACAAGCUGGUAAUUAUCAUCCAUCAUUAUCAAUGGUAAAUGGUAUUGGACAACAAACAACACAACAACAAAAUUUUUUAUCAGUUCAUGGAACAACUGGCAUUGAUGCAUCCUCUUCACCAUCACCUCAAUCAACAUAUUCACCGCCAAGUUCACCAAGUGAAUCCCGUACAAGUCCAAAUUCAUCAUCUAAACAACAAUCAACAUCAAAUAUAAAUAAUAAAUUUUCAAUCAAUUCUAAUAGUGGAACUCCAUUAAUAGCUGCUUCAUCACAUGUCACAUCUCAUCAUAAUGAUUUGACAGGUGGAGGAGGUGCUAAUAAUCGCAUCAAUGCUGAUUUUACACUAAAUACAGGUAGUGGUAAUGGUGAAAGUAAUAAUUUUCUUCAUUGGCAUCCAUCAUCUCGUUCGUCCUUGGCAGCUGCACUUCAAAUGAAUCCAUUACCAUUAGGUAUGAUGAAUUAUGAUAUGCAGCAAGCUCUAUGUGCUCAAUCAUCGGCAGCAAAUAAUAACAAUAAUAAUAAUAAUAAUAAUCCAACUGGUGUUAGUCCACAUUUAUAUUAUCAACCACAACAGCAUCAUCAUCAUCAACAACAACAACAACAGCAACAUCAUCGUCCGAAAAAUGAACCAUAUUCACCACCUUUAUCACUUCCUCCAAAUAGUGCUCGUUCAUCAAUAAAUGAUACAAAUUCCGGGCCAAAUCAUCCGAUAUCAAAAACUCCUAUACCUCAACAACAACGAUCAAUUGAUUAUAUAAAUUCAUCUUCGUUAUCAGAACCAUCUCUUAAACAUGCGCGUUUUGAUCCACCAAGUUGGCCAAAUGCAACUUGA